UCUUGGUUGUGUAUUUGUAGAUGCGCUUAGAAGCACAGCAGGAAACAGAGUGUGAAGCUCUAAAGCAGCAGCUGAAGCAAGAGAUGGAACUCUUGGAUGCGUACCAGAGAAAGACCAAGUCACAGAUGGAGGCCCAACAUGAGCGAGAGCAGCAGAAACUUGAGCAGAAGGUCUCCAUACGAAGAGCUCACCUUGAACAGAAGAUUGAAGAGGAACUGGCCUCACUUCAAAAGGAACGCACUGAAGAAUAAAGCACGUGCUGGAACGCCAGGACAGAGAACUGAAUAGUUUUUGACAUAGAAAGUAGAAGCCUUGGCUUUGGAAGCUUGGGAUCUCUGGACUUCCCCAAAGAAGACAACAGAUGAAAGUGGAUUUAUCUUUAGUGGACAACCUAUCCAAUGCCCUCUCACAUCCACUUGACCGUUGUCACACCCCGGUGACUC